UCUGACUUGCGUCGCCUCUCGUUGUGUUGGCUGUCUCCUCCACUCGUUGUUAGUUGGCACUGUCAUGGAUUUCAAGACUGUUGUGGCCAUCUCAGCUCUUUUCCUCAUUACUGCUGAAGUACAAACAGCGGUAGUUGAGCAAGGCACCAAUUCCCACCCCACAGGGAACUCCAGUGACGGAGUCAACCUGUCCAGUGCUGCUCCAGCCACCGAUGCUGCCCCCAUCUCCGACCAAAGCAGCUCUCCACCUGUCCUCUUCUUCCUCACUGUCAAAUGGACAAGUAAAUGUGAGGGACACCUGAUGCUCCACCAUCCCUCCACUCCUUCACAUGUCUGUCAUGACAGUAAUACAACCAUCAGGCGUCAUUUGACAAACGUGUGUGAGAACAAGAAAGGUUGUAAAGAACCAAUAAACUGGAAGAAAGGCGAAGAAAUGCCGAAUGGUUAUAGCAUAUCAGAGGAUAGAGAAGAGAGGUGUGAGGCACUGGCGGUCCAAUGCAAAGCUGAGCCAGUUGAGGUCCAACCAGAUGUUCAGGGGCAGCUGCAGGCCUACAAAGUGGUGACGGCUUUGCUCUGCUGUGUGCUGGUGGUCCUUUUACUGAUCCGCUUCACCAGACCCUCCGUCAAAGCCCUGCAGAAGCGAUUGUCAAACAGGUCGCAGACUCGCUGGGUCGGACCUACACAGAGUCACAGUGUGUCUCACCAUCGAGGGAACAAUUGUAACAAAGAUGACGGAGAGAAGAGACUGUCCUACCCUGCACUGGAGCGACUGGCAGUCAGCGACAGCAGAGAACCUUCAUCCAACAGGAGCAGCGGUUACAACUUCUGAUCUGCAUCUUCCUCAUCAUCAUCAUCAUCAUCAUCAUCAUCAUCAUCAUCAUCAUCAUCAUCAUCAUCAUCAUCAACAUCAUCUCAUCAUCAUCAUCAUCAUCAACAGUAUUUAUAUCUGUGCAGGAACAUCAGCUCUGUUUGUUGAAGAGUUAGUUGCUAAGAAAUGUUCUAAGAUAUUUUAAUAGAAGCUUACAAUAUUUUGGAAAACAGUUAUUUGCCAUCACUAUACACUGUAUAUGGAGCUUUGUGUUAUUAUAGCCGCUGUACACAGUGACUGCACACAGCUACUGAGGUGAGCUGUAACUAAGAACUUUUUUGAGUUGGAUGUAUUUUUCUCAGCAGUUUCCCCCUGCAUCCUCUCUUUGUGCUGACCUAGACACUGCAUUGGAACAACAAUGAUAGCAGUGACAACAAUGCAAGAUUGAAUGUUCCUUUAUUCAGAAAAACAUUCAUAAAAAAGGCUUAAAGGACACAAACUCAGAUACUGAACCAUCAACACCUAUUAGACUUAUGUAACAUAAUGGAAUCAGUGUUAUUGUUUCUUUUGUUGUCUGUGAUUUGAAAUAAAUACUGUAAACUUUUUAA